CGACGAGAUCCGUUACAUCAGGCCCUUACUUACUUCUCUACUUGGUCAACCGCCCAUCGACGACAGGAGCUGGAAUCGCAAGCGGCCGAACCACUUCGGACGAGCCAUGGCCUCUCAAUUCCCUGCUAAGAAGUGCGGCGUUCUAGGCUGCACCGGAUCGGUGGGCCAACGCUUUAUCCUGUUACUAUCGCGGCACCCGCGCUUCGAGCUGUGCGCCGUCGGCGCCUCGUCGCGGUCCGCCGGCAAGAAGUACAAGGAUGCGGUACGGUGGAAGCAGGCCGCACCUAUGGGUGCCGUCGGCGAGCUUGUCGUGCGGGAGUGCCGCGCUGCCGAGUUCGCCGACUGCGAUAUCAUCUUCAGCGGCCUCGACUCGGACGUCGCCGGUGAGAUCGAGAUGGAAUUCCUCAAGGCGGACCUGGCCGUCUUCUCGAACGCGAAGAACUACCGGCGCGACCCCAUCGUGCCGCUCGUGGUGCCGACGGUGAACCUGCCGCACCUGGGGCUGAUCACGCGGCAGCGGCGGCAGCACGGGCUGGGCAAGGGGUUCCUGGUGUGCAAUUCGAACUGCGCCGUGAUCGGGCUCGUGAUCCCGUUCGCGGCGCUGCAGGCGCGCUUCGGCCCGGUCGACGCCGUCAGCGUCGUCACGAUGCAGGCGGUAUCGGGCGCGGGGUACCCGGGCGUGAGCAGCAUGGACGUGCUCGACAACGUGGUGCCGUUCAUCUCGGGCGAGGAGGACAAGCUCGAGUUCGAGGCGCGCAAGAUCCUCGGCGGCGUCCGCUCCGCGCCCGGCGGCGGCGGCGGCGACGGCGAGGCCGAGGUCGAGGCCAUCCUGCCCCAGGACGAGCUGCGCGUGUCGGCGUCGUGCAACCGCGUGCCCGUGCUCGACGGCCACACGGCCUGCGUCUCGCUGAGCUUCAAGCACCGGCCGCCCCCCACCGCCGCCCAGGUCCGCGACGCCCUGCGGAGCUACGUCAGCGACGCCGAGCGCAUCGGCUGCCCGAGCGCCCCCACCCCCUCCAUCGCCGUCUUCGGCGACGACGAGCCCGACCGCCCCCAGCCCCGGCUCGACCGCGACCUCGGCGGCGGGUACACCGUCAGCGUCGGCCGCGUCCGCGAGGACGAGGGCGGCAUCUUUGAUAUAAAAUUCGUCGCGCUAAGCCAUAAUACGGUCAUCGGAGCUGCCGGCUCGUCUAUACUGAACGCGGAGGCGGCAGUACUUAAGGGAUAUAUCUGAAGGAUAUCCAAUUUGUAUAUGGGUGGAUGUAGAUACCAGCAUGUUUGCAUCUAUUGGCGUCUGGUCAGCUGGCUGGCGAUUUGAUGGAUAGGGAGACAGAUACCUUAAGCUCAUGCACCAAGAAGACCACCUCCAAAAAGGAAAAUUAAAAUAGACCAACACUUGUAGUAACCUAUUCGACGGGGAUGAAGCGGGAUGUAUAUAAAAGACUCGUUUUAGCCAUGUCUUCAUCGUUGCAUUUUCUUCUUAGAAGGGGGCCAACUCCGUCCCUGAUCUGUUACCAAGCUGCCUGCGGGCCUAAUACCUACCUCAAGCCUGUGGUGUGAGCAACGCAACUAGACAGCCAUCGUGAACUAUGGAUUCAGCAGGUGGAAGUGCCAGGGAGCUAUUCAA